AUGUCUCACCACGCACACGACGCAAGCGAGCCAUGGGAGUACGACUGGGCAGUCGGUCUUGAAGCCAUGAUUUUCGCUAUGUCUGCGUCACUCAAAGACAACUCUCGUUUCAAAAAAUAUCUUUAUGAAAGUGAGAUUGCGGGAGAGAAGAAAGGCGCACCUUUACAGAUUGAAAAAACGAAGGCGAUCUGCCAGAAGUCGAAGGAUGAUCUCGAGCACGAGCUUGGAGUUGAAUGCAUCUGUCAGGGCUGUUGGGCCAUACUUCAAAUGAAAGGGGCAGCAGACAAGAAUUUCAAGAACGCGGAAGUCAAAGAGACGAAAGUUGAGAAUAAGAAAGCUAAUAGGAAGCUGGGGGAGGUGGGGCGUGGUGGAUUUAACACAAUCAUCGGUGGAUCUACGGUAUCAUCCAAGGGGGCCGCAAACGAAGUGACCAAUUCACCCAGCGGGCAUAAUAUCCAUUCAGACCUCACGACUUCGAAUGGUACAAACGAAGAAAACUUCACCAAGUAG